CCUGUCGUACACGAAGUUCAGGAAAGAGCGCCUGCGAGUUUUAGCAGUGGAGAAGGCAAGGGAACACUACAAAAGCAGGGACAGCGUGGAAAGGUGGAUAGGAGGGUACAAGCAUCAGGGAUGUGCACCAACUUCACCCUGAAGCACGUCACCUGCAAACACCACUUUUGGGUCAAGCGCUCUUGUCACCGGGGCAAAGAAUGCACUUUACAGACUGAGAUAGAAAGCACGAAAGGAGGAGAGUGUUGGGAUUGUGAUCCUGGGCAGGCGCCACCUGAUGCCAUAUUCUCGGAUGGAAAGAAGACUGAGGUGGUUUGGGGGAGGGUGCAGAAAAGAAUGAAGAGCUCACCGAGGGCGGUGGGUUCGACGUAAGCAAAGGUCACAGGCAGUGGUGGCGUUCCACAGGAUAUUUACACGACGUUGAUAUCGGACGUUAUGGCGUGUGCAUUCUGCAGCUGUUCGCACUUCACGCAGAGAAAAUAAUAUGAAGGUU